AUGGUGCAUGCACAAAGCGAACACAACGCACACGAUCCGACAGAAGAUAACACCGAUGCAACAGAUGCCACACUAAAUGCAGAGCGCAGAGAGGAGUCGUCGCGCCACAAGACAGAUGGCAGACAUGCACCCAGCACCGCUACGAGCGACAUGGCAGGUAUGCUGCGACACAAAGAAGUACGGCAGCCAACUGAGACAGUGCCGAUUGAUCAACAAGCAGACCUUCAGGAAAAUCAUGCUGAUGGGGAAAACGGACGAACCAAUGAUGAUACUACUGAGGAUUCACAGCGCCAGGAAGCCAAAGGUAAAGGCAAAGAGCGAGCUAUAAGUGCGGAGAACGGUGUCAGCGAUGACACUUCUGACAUGCAUGCAAAAAGCACACCGAGGCGACCGCAGCUUCCGGCUGAAAAGCCAUUCGACUUUAAUCGGUUCCUUGAACAGAUGAAACAUCGGAGCGCCGUGCCGGUAAACGAAUACGUACGCAGUUUUUUCCGCGGAUUCACCCGGCGGCCGUACAAACCUGAUGAGCAAGUGAAACUCAUCUUUGACUUUCUCGACUUUAUUGCAAAGCGUAUGAUGGAAGCGGCAGUAUGGGCUGACUUGCCACCGAAUGAAUUCGAUCAAGCGACGGAGGCGAUGGAAAAGCUCGUCAUGAACCGACUCUAUACCUACACAUUUUCGCCGGCCAUUGCUAUGGAAGGGCGUUGGUCCGUGCAGACGGAUGAUCUCGAACACGACCGCAAACUAUCUGAGCGGAUUCAACUCUUUGCGUGGGUGCGCGAAGAGCACCUGGACGUCAAGCGAGGCCAGCAUUCAGAACGCUUCUACAACUUUGCCGCACAAGAGCUCAGCAAGAUCAAUCACUAUAAGGCGCCUCGCGACAAAACCAUCUGUAUUCUCAACUGCUGCAAAGUCAUAUUUGGACUGAUCCGCCAUCUUGGUUCUGACGAGAGUGCCGACUCGUUUAUGCCGCUUUUGAUCCUCGUGGUGAUCAGAGCGAAUCCACCAAAUCUGAUUUCGAACCUCGAAUAUAUCCAACGCUUCCGCAGUCCCCAGCGGCGGUCGAGUGAGUCCGAGUACUACUUGUCGAGCUUAGCGGGUGCCAUCACCUUUAUCGAGCGCAUGGAUCACACGACACUCUCACGUAUCACGCAGACGGAGCUUGAUGCGAAUGUGCAACGAGAAGCUGCGAAAAUGGAAGCCGAGGCCGCAGAAAAGAGCGAGUCGACAGCGCGACCCUUUUCACUUGCCGCAUCUGUCGCAGCGGUCUCGCUGGCCGACGAUACACGAGCGUUUUUCCAGCGCACAGGCGAAGCAGCUCGUCUAGGCUUCAAUCGCCUAUUUACAGAGCGGUCGGAUAUGGUGCAACAAGACGCACGUACAUCGGAGCUGCGACCGCUACCAUCAGCAUCCUCUUCAGCUCGGCCUGUUGUACCGCCCGUAACGCCGGCUGGCACAGCGCCACAGCCGCAUCUAAAACCAGCGCGUGGCGUGGCACCCAAUGCACCGCUGCGUGUGGCCGGUGCAGAUCCGAUGCAUGACGACUCGCCCCGGUCCGUAACAACGCCCCAUACCCAAGUCUCUUCAGCGACUCGUGUGCCGCGCUGGCGCAGUGGACUCAUGCCGCGCUUUGACGACGAUGAUGAACGUGAUGUCGCUGGUGCCUAUGACGAUGACGAUGGCAACGACGAUGACGCUGAUCGCACAGGUAGCGGUCUGCGUGACUCGCCGUCUCGUCAUGUGGCUGCGGCUAUUCGUUACGCGGAUGGUGAUGGCACAUUGGACGAUGUUGAUGACGAGCGCGGCGAUACAGAACGGCAUGCGCAAGGCGACGAUGCCGACAUCGAUGCCUCUGUGGACGUGGCUGCUGCGAUCCAGACACUACAGUCGAUCUUUCCGCAGGCCGAUACAUCGGUUCUGCAGCUCGUGCUGGAGGAAUGCGGUUACAAUGUAGAGACGUCAAUAGACCGGCUCUUAGAAAUGACUUAA